UCCAUUUCUCUUUCUUCUUUUUUUUUUUCUCUUCAGCAAGUUCUCAAACUUCCAAAAGCCAGUUGUGUUUUCCCCCCUCCCCCCCUUUCUUUCCCCUUUCCCAUCGUAGAGCUGUGCUCUAUCGAUUAAUUCACUUUCACUAAUACACCAAAAAAUCAAAUCACGGUAGCUUGCUGGUCUCGCUAUCCCCCCCAAAUUCACACUCACAUACCCCCCCAAAGCACUAACUGGUUUUUGCUUGCUCGACUCGCCGUCUUACGCGCCAAUUUACAUUCUUCUCAAGAUCCGUUUUUAGUUUCGUUUUCAGCAUUACCCCUUAAUCAGUCAACAUGUCCGCCAUUCAGCUUUCGUUCUCUCUCCGUGUUUCUUCUGGCGUCAAGACCGUCCAUCUUCUUGGUUCCUGGGACAACUACGCCGGCCAGCUUCCCCUUUCCAAGGACAAGACCUCCUCCAAGUCUGGCUCGUGGAAGGGCACCUUCCGCUUCCAGCCCGCUCUUGUCCAGCCCGGCCAGCGCUACUGGUACUACUACAUCAUCGAUGGCUACCACGUUUCCCACAACCCUUCCGAGGAGUUCACCGUUGAGCCCACCACCGGCCGCUCUCUGAACAUCCUCGACGUUCCCAAGUCUUCUUCCUCCUCCUCCAAGAGCUCUUCUCGCCACUCCCGCGACUCCGUCAAAUCCUCCAUGCGCGAGUCCCUCUCCGUCGACAUCCCCAAGGGUCGCCCUCUCUCCAUCUCCCAGAUCAAGGCUCCCAAGCCCAUGUCUCCCCACGCCACCCGUCACAUCCUCGAUGCCGACUACAACAUCGACGAGCUCUCCACCCGCUUCGCCUCUGCCGGCAUCUACGACGAGUACGAUGAGGACGUCAUCACCGACUUCGACAUGCGCUCCUCCCCCGUCUCGUCCACCGGCUCUUCCGUCAGCUACCGCUCCGACAGCUCCAGCCCCAGCUCCUCCCUCUCCGGCUACUCCACUCCCGCUUCGGACUGCUCCAGCUGCAUCUGCGAGCGCUACGGCAUCACCCGCAAGGGCGAGCGUGUCCGUCUCGACUGCGGUGGCUCGCGCUGCGGCUAUGAGGACUCCUGCUCCUCUGAGGAUGAGGAUAGCUACGUUGAGCGCAGCUCUCGCCGCAACGGCAUCGUCGUCCGUGCUUAAGUGGCUUCGCCCCUGCCUCGGGUGAGGAAUUCAAAGAAGACUCCAUCCUCCACGACUUUUGGAAGGGAACUCAAGUAGGAACGUUUGUGUGUUGUGUGCAGCCCGGCCUUGAUAGUGCCAUUAAUUUGCCACCCACCGUCCCAUACUCCCAAUCCGGUCAACCAAGAAGACAUA